AUGUCGAUUUCAGGUCUCUUCAUCUUGGACCUCAAAGGGAACGUGGUAAUAUCUCGUAACUAUCGUGGAGAUGUGGAUAUGUCAUGCAUCGAGAAAUUCAUGCCUUUGCUGGUCGAGAAAGAAGACGAAGGAACUGCUUCUCCAGUUUUAGUGCAUCAAGGAAUUAGUUACACAUAUAUCAAGUAUAUGAAUGUUUAUUUGGUAACGGUUUCAAAGAAGAACACAAAUGUGAUAUUGGUACUCUCUGCUUUAUACAAAAUCGUCGAAGUCUUCUGUGAGUACUUCAAGACUUUGGAAGAAGAAGCUGUUCGGGACAACUUUGUAAUCAUUUACGAACUUUUUGACGAGAUGCUGGAUUUUGGAUACCCACAGACAACAGAAAGCAAAAUUCUACAAGAAUUUAUUACCCAACAAAGUAAUCGUUUGGAGUCCGUUCGUCCACCAAUGGCUGUCACAAAUGCAGUGUCAUGGAGAUCGGAGGGAAUCAAAUAUAGAAAAAACGAAGUAUUUCUGGAUGUUAUCGAAAGUGUCAAUAUGUUGGCAAAUGCUCAAGGAACAGUUCUCCGAUCAGAAAUCGUUGGUUCCAUUCGCUUCCGUGUAGUUCUAUCUGGAAUGCCAGAAUUACGUUUGGGACUCAAUGACAAGGUGUUCUUCCAACAAUCUGGUGCCAGUUCCAUUCCAUCAAUGUGUCCGUUUAUCCCGUUUCGAUUCGAAAGGACCAUUUCAUUCAUUCCACCUGAUGGUGAAUUCGAAUUGAUGAGUUAUCGAUUGACUACUCAAGUGAAACCAUUGAUUUGGGUUGAAGCAGCAGUGGAGAGACAUGCACAUUCAAGAGUUGAGUAUAUGGUUAAGGCCAAAUCUCAAUUCAAACGCCAAUCUGUGGCUAACCACGUCGAAGUCAUCAUCCCAGUUCCUUCUGAUGUCAGUGCUCCGAAAUUUAAAACUGGAGCAGGAACUGCUAAAUAUGUUCCGGAAUUGAAUGCCAUUGUUUGGAGUAUCAGAAGCUUUCCAGGAGGUCGUGAAUACAUCAUGCGAUCAUCAUUCAUGCUUCCUUCCAUCGGUUCAGAAGAAGUCGAAGGUCGGCCACCAAUCAACGUGAAGUUUGAAAUUCCAUAUUACACAACUUCCGGUCUACAGGUCCGUUAUCUGAAAAUCAUAGAGAAAUCUGGAUAUCAAGCUCUUCCAUGGGUUCGUUAUGUCACUCAAAACGGAGAUUAUCAAUUGAGAAUGACCUAA